AUGUCACUAGAAGAUAUUGUCAAAAGCCUUGCCACAAGCACUCAAAUCUUCCAACAAGAAACCAAGGCAAGCAUAAAAAGCUUGGAGAAACAAGUGUCACAACUUGCUCAAUCUGUGAGUAAGAUGGAAUCACAAGGCAAUCUACCAUCUCAAAUGGAGAAGAACCCGAAACACAAUGCUUGUGCCAUUACUCUAAGAGGUGGGAAAAGCUAUGAAGGUCCAAGGAUGCCAGAUGAAGAAGAGAAAGAGAAGGAGAUAGAGGCGGAAGAAGCUAUCAAAGAUGAGGAAAGGAAAAGUACUUCCAAGUCAAAGAAGCACAUAGAGACCGAGGUUGAAAUCAAUAUCCCUCUUUUAGAUGCUAUUACACAGAUUCCUAGAUAUGCUAAGUUCCUCAAGGAACUUUUCACAUCUAAGAAAAAGCUUAAAGGAAAUCAAACUGUGAUAGUUGGUGAAAAUGUCUCUGCCGUGUUACAAAAGUGGCUACCAAAAAAAUGCAAGGACUCGGGUGUUUUCACGGUUCGUUGUAAAAUGGGUAACCUUUUUGUACCACGUGCCAUGCAUGAUCUUGGAGCAUCAAUUAAUGUCUUACCCUAUUCAAGUUAUAAGACAAUGGGAAUUGGACCUUUAUCAAAAAACAAAGUUAUCAUUCAACUUGCCGACCGGUCUUUGGUACACUCAAAAGGUGUAUUGGAGGACGUGUUAGUACAAGUUAAGGAACUUGUAUUUCUCACUGACUUUUAUGUUUUGGAUAUGGGUGAUGAAAACACCCCACAAUCGAACUCCAUCCUUUUGGGGAGACCUUUUAUGAGUACCACAAAAACAAAAAUAGAUGUAGCCAAUGGUACUUUGUCAAUGGAGUAUCAUGGUGAGGUGAUUAACUUUAAUAACGUUGAAGUCAUGCGAUAUCCUAGUGAUAUUCACUCUUUAAACUUCAUAGAUGUUAUUGAUACAUGUACUAAUGAUUGCUUUGAGAUAUCAAGCCAAGAUGUGCUAACCACCAUCUUGAGCAAACACUCUUAUGAGACAGGUAUUAAGAAUUUGGCUGACAAGUACACAUUGGAGGAUGAAUUGAUUGAAGUAAUCAAUUCCUUGGAAAAAGCACAACCCAUGAGAGUUGAACCACCCCUCAUGAAGCUAAAAAUUUCCAAUCUGAAACUUCUCCCCUCCAUAGUACAACCACCGAUUCUUGAGUUGAAGGCUCUUCCGGACCAUCUCAAGUACGCCUAUCUUGGAGAGGAAAAGACAUUACUGGUGAUAAUCUCCAACAAGUGGUCUACUACAUAA